CAGAGCAGCAAAGCAAGGCUGAAUGUCUUAGCGAAAGACAUGUAGCAUUUGUUGGUGCCAUGGAAGAAGAUGCAUGCGGCGCAGACUCCCACUGCUUUAUCUCAGGGGCGUGGCCAGUUCUGACGGCAUGGCUGGGCUUCACCAUUGUAGGUCUUAGCACUUGCAGCAAUGCCUAUCGGCACCUCUUGAACUUUACUCGGCCUGACUUGCAACCUCAUGUGCUCCGCAUCAUCUUGGUGGGCCCUAUCUAUGCCUUCAGCGCUUCGCUUUGCCUGUCUGUUGGCGAGAGUGAAUGCUUUUUCAUUAGAUCUGUCCGAGAUAUUUGGGAAGCUGUUGUGAUCUACUCCUUCCUGACGCUGAUUAUUGAAUACAUGGGUGGCGAGCACCUUUGUCUUCACAGCAUCUCGCAGAAUGACGAGGCUGUGCCGCACUUGUUCCCUUUGAGCCUUUGCCUUCCGCCCAUUGCCACUGGCUCCAUGAUCCGCAUGCCCAAGAUGGGCGCGUUGCAGUUCGUUGCAGUGAAGCCAGUUGUGGCGGUGAUUUCGAUCAUAGUGUACGCCUGUGGCCAGCUUCAUAACUGGUACUACCAGUGGACGCUCUUUGUGAUUUACAAUAUCUCCUACAGCGUUGCGCUCUAUGCUCUGUACUUGAUCUACUGGUCAUCGCAUGAGCAAGAGGCUUUGCAAUCGAAGCGACCUUUGUUGAAGUUUGCAAGUGUCAAGAUGAUUGUGUUCUUAACCUUUUGGCAAGCGCUGUUGCUGCCGCUGGCGCCACUACCUGGCAGCAAAUCAAAAUGGGAGGAUUUUAUCCUGUCAAUCGAGAUGAUUGUGUUUGGGGUUCUCAUGAAUCUUGCCUUUUCAUGGAGGGAAUUCAGUAUUGCUGCUUCACGAGCUCCAGCAGGGCGAGGUGGUGCCCCAGACCUCAUUGACCUUGACGGGAAGAAGGAGUCAGGUAAAGCUCCAUCAGCGACCUCGGCCACUUCCCCAGAACGCAAGGACGUCUCCGCGGACGUUAGCCCUAGCUCAGAGCAAGGGCGAACUAGCGUGGUGCAGAAUGCCAAGACAGCUUUCUGUCCUCGAGACAUCAUGAUGGAUGCCUCCAACAAUUUUUCCAAGAGAUACAAACAGCAUGUUCUCAUAGAGACCGCCCAGGACUACGAACUGGAGGCCCCUCAGGGCCCCACAUCUUCCACCAAUGGAAUCCAUGUGGAUCUUCUGGAUACAGCGAUGACAACGAAAGGCUCACUAAGUGCACUUAAACACCUCCGACCGGCGGCGUUAAAGCUGGGUCGGACACGCCGCGCAGAUGAGGAGAUAGGUGAAGUGAAAGAGGUUACAGCAUCUGCUGGUGGGGCAGAGCACAGGCUUGAUGGCGAGGGCACUGGCCCAGUCACCAAGGAGGAAAUUGAGGCUGCCAAGAAGGUUGAGAACGUUUAGCCAUUCUAGGCUUCACAGCAUGGUCUUUUGGACAGCAAUGUCUGUUGGCUGUUGCAAACAGGCUUGGACUCUUG